CUCAUCUUCACCUUCUUGCAACAGCUUCUUCAUGUUCAAUUACCAUGCAAAUGGUCAGCCUUCCUUCUCCUCUAAGCAUCAAUAAUCAUACUCAAGCAGCAGCAUCUUGCCAAUAUUACGAUAGUCAUCUUGCAUACUAUUAUUCCAAUCAAAUGAACAAUUAUGAAAUGAACCCAUCCUCACUUGUCUUGGACGCUUCGACAGCAUACAAGUGGCAAGAACAACAAGAAGAAACAUACUCCAAACAACAAUUAUCAAUGCUUUCCAAUGAUAUCAAGCCCGAAAAUUGCUCUUUGAUGACCGAAGGCAAUCUAGUGGUUGACACCGUUGGUGCCAAUGAAUUUUCAAGUCAAAUUGAUAGAACUCAUCCCAUUCACUCAAACAAUAUGCUCAUGGAUGGACAACUAUGGUGCUCUGAACCGUCGGCAUCUCCUUCCACAUUAACGGAUGAAGAAUUGAUACCUUCACCCACAUCGUCAACAUCAAGAAUCUCUCCCAAUCAUUACUCAUGGCAAUUAGAAAAUAUGUCUCGCCAAGACCUCAUCAAGCGCUUAAUCCAUCUGGAAACGGAAAGGGCGUUACAGGAAACCAUGAACCAUAAAUCUGAAUCGAACGAUAUGUCUUACCCUAUGGCCGUCUCAAAGCAAGAAACCUACAGAGAAGUCUCACGGGAGUCAUUAGAUCGUCACAAUAGUGUCGAAUAUGACCAAAACGUAAAAGUUUGCUUAUGGCAAGGAUGCAAUGAGUCUUUCGACAGUUUGGAUCUCCUUAUCGCACAUGUGCGCAACAUUCAUAUUGGCCGUGGCAAGCCAAGUUACCCUUGUCUAUGGCAAGAUUGCCGAAUGCAGGUUAACCAUCCUUUUGCAAAAAGGCACAAACUGUUGUCCCAUAUGCGAACUCAUACGGGCGAAAAGCCAUUCAAGUGUUCCUCGAAAGGCUGCAACAAGAGUUUCUCUCGCCCUGAUUCUCUCGAUAUCCAUGUCAAGACUCACUCCAAUAUUCGGCCCUUCAGCUGUAACUUUGAAGGUUGUACCAAGGCUUACUACCACGCUCGAUCAUUAAAGAAGCAUGAAAAAAUUCAUCUCAAGGCCAUGGUAGAUAAUGCGACUCCCCAUGUCGUACAACCUGAAACCCAUCCAAGCCAACGCACCUCAGUUGCGCAAAUGUACAAAUCGGACAACCAGCAACACGGAUUGCUUGAAUCACAAAAUUGUUUGAGCUAUGGCGCACUCUGGCAACCCAUGCUUUCGUACUUAUAUUUUGCAGAUCGUCCGCAACAAAACAAUUCCUUUUACAUGUAGACACACACGGCUCGUUGUAGUCUAUUACCGCACCCUUUUGUAUAGUCUCAGUAGCACCCCCCCUUUUUUUUCCUACCCUACCCCCCUGGAAAAAAAUUUGUAUUUCAAUUGCAGUCAACCUUGUUUUCAUAAAGCCCAUUGACAAUGUCAUCACUGAAUGUACCCCAUUUACAACGGCUGAAGUCGAAAAGGGUGGUCCUUGCAUCGGCAUCGCCUCGAAGACGCGAGAUCAUUCGAAAUCUUGGUUUGAACUUCGAUGUCGUUCCCAGCCUAUUUCCAGAAAACUUGGAUAAGUCCACC